AUGAGCUGUGGCUCCAAGCAGACCUCCAAGAGCUGCCGGCGAGGGAGCGGUGGUGGCAGUGCUAGUGGUGGGGGUGGAGGGAGCAGUACGUGUGGCUCUGCCUCCUCCAGAAGAAUCACUGCUAGGACAAGCAGUGGCAGCAGGAUUUCUGGCAGCAGUUGUGGUGGAGGAAGUUCCAGGAGCAGCUAUGGUGGGGGAGCCAGCUGUGGAAUGAGCAGCGGUAGUUGUGGAGGAGGAAUGAGCAGAGGGGGAAUGGGCUGUGGCAGCAUGGGAGCAGGCUUUGGAUCAGGUGGGAGUGGAUUUGGUGGUGGUUACGGAGGAAGCUUUGGUGGAGGUGGUGCUGGUUUCAGUGGUGGCAGCUUUGGCAGUGGCUUUCAUGGCGGGAAUGUGGGAAUUCUCUCCAAUGAUGAAAAGCUGACCAUGCAGAGCCUUAAUGAACGGCUGGCUUCUUACCUGGAUGUGGUCAGAAAUUUGGAAAUGGAAAAUGUUCAGCUUGAACGAUUAAUCAGGGAGUGGUACCAGAAGCAAGGUCCUACUGGUACAAAGGAUUACAGCCACUAUUAUGGAAAAAUUGAAGACCUUCAAAAUCAGCUUGUGACUGCGGCUGUGGAAACCAACAGGGUACUUUUGGAUCUGGAUAACACGAGGAUGACUGCAGAAGACUUCAGGAUGAAGUACGAGACCGAGUACGGUCUCCGGCAGAAUGUGGAGGCGGACAUUAAUAGCCUGCGACCCUUGUUGGAUAAUCUGACUCUGAGCAGGUCUGACCUGGAAAUGCAAAUUGAGUCUCUACGGGAGGAGAUGAUUGACCUCAAGAAGAACCAUGAGGAGGAAAUGAAAUCACUGCAAACACAGUCCAGUGGUGAUGUGAAUGUGGAGGUGAAUGCUGCUCCAGGAGAGGAUCUGAUGAAAAAACUGAAUGAUAUGAGACAGGAAUAUGAAAAUAUUAUUCAGAAAAACCGCGAAGAGGUUGAAAGGUGGUAUGAAAGCAAGAUGGAGGAACUGAGUCAACAAGUCCACUCCAGUGGCCAGGAAGUGGAAUCAAGCAACCAACAGAUCUCUGUGCUGAGACGGGACUACCAGGGCCUGGAGAUUGAGCUGCAGUCGCAAAUCAGCAUGUUACAGUCUUUGCAAUCCAACUUGGAAGACACAGAACGUCGCUACAGCCUGCAGCUGCAGCAGAUCCAGAACAUGAUCAGCCCCUUGGAGGAGGAGCUGGCCAGCAUCCGCUGUGAGAUAGAGAGUCAGAACCAGGAGUACAAGAUGCUCCUGGGCAUCAAGACCCGCCUGGAACAGGAGAUCGCUCAGUACCGCGCACUGCUUGAGGAAGGACAGCAUGAUAUAAGCACUUCGCAGGGAGGAGCUGGCGGGGGAUCUUCAGGAGGAGGAGGUCAUGGAGGAACUAGCUGGUCUUCUGGAAGAGGCAGUAGUGGAGGAGGAAGUAGCUGGUCCUCAGGUGGAGGAAGCAUUGGAAGAUCCUAUGGAAGAACUUGCUCUUCUGGAGGUGGAGGAGGAUGGAGCGGAGGAAGAACAGAAGGUGGAGCCUGUGGUAAAACUUCAGGUGGAGGAGGUGGCAGCGGUGGAGGAGGAGGGGGCAAAUCCUGCCUCUCCCACUCUUCAUCUUCCCAGUCCCAGUCUGGCAACUCUUGUGAAAGCCAAGUUCCAGGAGGUGCUGAAAACCUGAAGCUCUGCCUGGAAGGGAACAGAACAUUGGAGAGAGGAGCAACAAUGGAGGAAGUGUCUGAAGCCAUCAGAACGAUGAGAUUGGGGAGUUUUAGAAAGUCUGAGGACUGA